AUCUUUUCAAAGCUAUUUCAGAUAUUCAUCAUCACUCGCCUCUGUCCUCUCAAUUCGUAACCCUAAUUUUCUCUCUCUAAAUCUCUGAUGGCACCCAAGGCAGAGAAGAAGCCCGCAGAGAAGAAGCCGGCGGAGGAGAAGAAGACCGUGGCUGAGAAGGCUCCGGCGGAGAAGAAGCCCAAGGCCGGGAAGAAGCUGCCGAAGGAGGGAGGCGCCGCCGCCGGGGACAAGAAGAAGAAGAGGACGAAGAAGAGCGUCGAGACCUACAAGAUCUACAUCUUCAAGGUGCUGAAGCAGGUCCACCCCGACAUCGGGAUCUCGAGCAAGGCCAUGGGGAUAAUGAACAGCUUCAUCAACGACAUCUUCGAGAAGCUCGCUCAGGAGUCCUCCAGGCUAGCCAGGUACAACAAGAAGCCCACCAUCACCUCUCGGGAGAUCCAGACCGCCGUCAGGCUCGUGCUUCCCGGUGAAUUGGCCAAGCACGCCGUGUCGGAGGGGACUAAGGCUGUGACUAAGUUCACUAGCUCUUGAAGGUGAUUAAUUUGUUGAUCGAUUAGUGUUAUGGUGUUUGAAGAACCUAUCUUUGCAUCUAUUUCUAGGGUUAGGGUUAGGGUUAGGAUUUGGUUUUAGUAUUAUUAGGUUACUAUUACUGUCUAUCCUUUAUGAUAGAAAUUGUAUCUGGUUGUGAUUUUGGAUGAUUUUGGUCCUCAUAUUUAGUGCAUAUCUGGAAUAUAAUGGUUUGAUUUGGGUCUAAAA